AAUUAUGGGGCUAUCAUCUGAUUCAUCUCUAUAAAGAUAGCUUCUGGUCAAGUGAUUGGCGUUGAUCUUUGUAGCAGUUGUCUCUAUGGCUCUAUCAACUCCAGCAGCUCCCUCUUCCGCCUUAUUCAUCUUGAGAGGCUCAACCUUGCUGACAAUGAUUUCAAUUCCUCUCAUAUUCCGACUACUAUUAGUAACUUCCCAAAGCUCAGGGAAUGCGAGAAUUGAAAUUCUAAACCUCGGAAACAACUAUUUGACUGGAAAUGUUUCCCCAUGGAUUUGCAAUCUGAGUCAUCUUCGUUACCUCGACUUGUCAAGCAACAAAUUCAGUGGCAUGUUACCACAAUGUGUCGGAAACUUUAGUGAUGCUCUGGAACAUCUCAAUCUUGCAAACAACUCAUUUCAUGGCAUUCUUCCUGAAACAUUCACCAACAGAGGCAGCAGUCUGAGCAUGUUUGAUGUUAGUCAUAACCACUUGGAGGGGCAAUUACCAAGGUCAUUGGCGAAUUGCGCAACACUCGAGUUUCUUGUUCUGUCAAACAACCAAUUCGAUGAUGUUUUCCCUAUCUGGUUGGGAAGUCUUCAGAAGUUGAAAAUAUUGGCAAUGAGCCAUAAUGGGUUCUAUGGUGCGAUCGGGCAGCCUAAGAAGAAUAUUGUUCAGUUUCCCCAGUUGCAGAUUCUUGAUCUGUCUUACAAUAGAUUUAGAGGCGAGUUUCCAGCUGAAUACAUCUUCUCUAGUUAUGCCAUCAGAGGUAUCUCUCUCUCACAUAAGAGAAGUUUUCCUGAUAGUUAUAGCUAUUACUUACAGUGUUCCAUCACAAUAACAAACAAGGGCAUUGAGAUACACUAUCCAAAGAUUCAAGAGGACUUCGUAGCCAUCCAUAUCUCCAGCAACAGAUUUGAAGGGAACAUUCCUGAGUUCAUUGGGAAACUUAAGGGGCUUCGCUCGCUUAAUAUUUCCAAUAACUCUUUCACCGGCCGCAUUCCGUCAUCGUUCGGCAACUUGACACUGCUUGAAUCAUUGGACCUUUCGCACAACCAACUCUCAGGACAGAUUCCUCAGCAACUCUCACAGCUUUGGUUCUUGGCAAAGUUCAAUGUCUGUCACAACAAUCUCACAGGUCAUAUACCAGGUGGAAAUCAAUUCUCAACAUUUGACAUCACUUCAUUUGAGGGAAAUCCCGGAUUAUGUGGAGAUCCAUUGCCAAAGAAAUGUGAGAAUCCUGAGGGGAUUCUGCUUCCACCUUCAAUAUCAGAUCCUGAGGGCUCUGGAAUUAAAGUGGACUGGAUAUUUGCUUUGGCAGGUUUAGGGAGUGGGUUGGUGGUGGGAGUAGUUCUAGCAGACGUUGCGAUCGCAAAAUGGGAUGAGCAGUUCAUCGAGACUGUUGGAAUGCUGACCAAGCUUGUGAGAAGGAUGAGAAGGUGCAGAAGAUGAGUACUAUCUUGCAUUUUAAUUUUGCUUGCGUUGUAUACUUGUGUUACUUAGAUUUGUGUAAGAUAUGAAUUUGUAAUGCAGUAUCAAUAAAGUUUGGACACUUUCUUCCGAACA